AUGGCAGCAUUAUUUCAGUUUGUCUUUUUCACUAAAAUUCAUAUAAUAUUAUUUUUUAUAUGGAUAUACCAUUGCCACAAUGAUGAUAUAAUAUAUAUUAUUAUUUUUCCAUUUUAUAAGCCUCACAUUAAAUCAAUAGACAACUUUAAAAGCCCUGAUACAUCAUUAACUUUAAGGAGAAAUCGAUUAUUAUGGAAAAUUAAUAUUAAAAAAAAAAAUACAAACGAAGAAUUAAACGAGGGCCAAAACGUUGAUAUGAACACCAUGGAUUUAAAUAACAAUAUAAAAAUGCAGAAUAUUAUGUAUAGUGAUCAAGAUCAUAUUAAAUCAUUAAAAGAAAAUAAAAAGAAAGAAAAAUUUGCAAAAAAAGAAUUAAAAAAAUCAUUAAUUCGUAAAAUGAAAUCCCAGAAAGUUUAUACAAGAAAAAGACCUAAAUUAUAUAAUAUUUUUGCAUUAAUAGACUUCUAUAUUGAAAAAAAAAUAUUUUAUAGAAUGUGUAAGAUACACAACUUGAUUAAAGGCAGGAAUAUAAAUAAAAAAACAAAUGGAAUUCAUCAAUACAAAAACAUCAUAAUUAUAUUUUCAUUUCCUCUGAUAAUUUUUGCCUCAGGAGCUAUUUUUUUUCCUUUAAAGUAUUACUUAUUUAGCAGUGAAACAUAUUUACCCUAUGGCACCUUGGCUUCUUCCGUGGUGUCAUUAUUGAUACUCAUAUAUAUUUUACGAAAAAUUUUAAUAUGUCGUAAUUUGCUUAAAUCCGAAGAAAAAAAUAAUAUAAUUGAAGGUAUUUAUUCUUUAUAA